UGUGGGUGCAUGCGCGGCAGGCCUGGGGCCUGGCCGCCUGCUGCCUCACCUGCAAGGAGGGGCCUCCCAGAAACUCCCUUCCCCAGUGCCCAGCCGCCCCACCUUGCCAGACUUAGGUGACCAGCCAGCAAGGAUGCCCGCUGCCUCCCACCUGCCCUCCUGCCCUCCAUCGCCAGCCAAGCCCAACCUGAGCCAGCACCUGCCUUUAACGACCAAGUUCAAGGGGCUGAGCAAAGGCUCCCAGGGGAAGGGGUCCCCCAAGGGUUCCCCAGCCAAGGGGUCCCCCAAAGGCUCCCCCAGCAAGCACAGCCGGGCUGCCACCCAGGAGCUGGCCCUGCUCAUCUCCCGCAUGCAAGCCAACCCCGACCAGGUGGAGCGGGACAUCCUGGAGACGCAGAAGAGGCUGCAGCAGGACCGGCUGAACAGUGAGCAGAGCCAGGCCCUGCAGCACCAGCAGGAGACGGGCGGCAGCCUGAAGGAGGCCGAGGUGCUGCUCAAGGACCUCUUCCUGGACGAGGACGAGGCCCGGCGGCUCAAGCACCCGCAGGCUGAGGAGACUGAGAAGGACAUCGAGCAGCUGCACGAGCAGGUGACCCAGGAGUGUGCCGAGUACCGUGCCCUGUACGAGAAGAUGGUGCUGCCGCCAGACGUGGGAUCCAGGGUCAACUGGGCACACGUGCUGGAGCAGAAACAGAAGCAGGUCUGCGCAGGCCAGUACGGGCCGGGCAUGGCGGAGCUGGAGGAACAGAUCGCGGAGCUCAACAUCCUGCAGAACGAGAUCGACGACCAAGGAGAGCAGCUGGGGAGCCUCGUGGGGCCGGAUGCAACCACCAUCCGGAGCCAAUACCGAGACCUACUGAAGGCGGCGUCGUGGCGCGGGCAGAGCCUGGUCAGCCUGUACACGCACCUGCAGGGCUGCACGCGGCAGCUGAGCGCCCUGGCGGAGCAGCAGUGCCGCAUCCUGCAGCAGGACUGGAGCGACCUCAUGGCCGACCCUGCGGGCGUGCGGCGGGAGUACGAGGUCGACUUCAAGCAGCACGAGCUGCUGAGCCAGGAGCAGAGCGUAAACCAGCUGGAGGACGACGGCGAGCACAUGGUGGAGCUGCGGCACCCCGCGAUGGGGCCCAUCCAGGCCCACCAGGAGGCCCUGAAGAUGGAGUGGCAGAACUUCCUGAACCUGUGUAUCUGCCAGGAGACCCAGCUGCAGCACGUGGAGGACUACAGCCGCUUUCCAGAAGAGGCCGACUCAGUCAGCCAGACCCUGGAGAAGCUCAACUCCAACUUGGAUGCCAAGUCCAGCCCUGCACCUAGGGGCCCCCCUGGCACCCCCACAGAGCUGCUGCAACAGCUGGAGGCAGAGGAGAAACAGCUGGCCAUCACUGAGAGGGCCACUGGGGACCUGCAGCGGCGAAGCCGGGAUGUGGUCCCCCUGCCACAGCGAAAAAACCUGCCUUAGCAGCCCCUGCACGUGGACAGCAUCUGUGACUGGGACCCAGGAGAAGUGCAGCUGCUGCGGGGUGAGCGGUAUAAGCUGAUAGAUAACACUGACCCGCACACCUGGGUCGUGCAGGGCCCUGGUGGGGAGAACAAGUGUGCUUCUGCCGCCUGCUUCUACAUCCCAGCACCAUACCCUGAUGCCGUGGCCAGUGCCUCCCGGCUGGCCUCGGAGCUGCAGGCCCUGAAGCAGAAAUGGGCCACAGUCCAGAGCCGCCUGAAGGCCAGCACUGUGGAGUCUGUUCAGCCCAGCCAGCAGGCUGCAUCUGGCUUGGCCCUGGCCAACCCACAGGCCCAGAAGCUCCUGACACAGAUGACCCGGCUGGAUGGAGACCUGGGACAGAUAGAGAGGCAGGUGCUGGCCUGGGCACGGGCCCAGCUGAGCCGCACCACGCCCCUGGAGGACCUGGAGGGCCACAUCCACAGCCACGAGAGCCCAGACUGUGAACUUGCACUCCCUGGAGGAAUGGCUGAUUCCAAGUGUGGGGAAAAUGUAAAAGAUAAGCAGAGAACAGCAGUUUCCUUAUUUUGCUCUCUCGUCCAACACCAGACAACGUGCUCGUCAAAAGGACUCAGAACCCAAUAUGAAGACGCACCCAGCAUUCAACGAAGGGAAAAAAUGAGCAUCAAUAAAAAUAACGGCCAGGUGCGGUGGCUCACGCCUAUAAUCCCAACACUUUGGGAGGCAGAGGCAGGUGGAUUGCUUUUGAGCUCAGGAUUUGAAGACCAGCCUGGUGAACAUGGCAAAACCCUGUCUCUACCAGAAACACAAAAAUUAGCUGGGCGUGGUGGUGUACCUGUGGUCCCAGCUACUCAAGAGGGUGAGGUGGGAGGAUUGCUGGAGGCCGGGAAGUCAAGGCUGCAGUGGGCAGAGAUUAUACCACUGCACUACAGCUUGGGUGACAGAGUAAGACCCUGCCUCAAAACAAUAAAUGAAUAAAUAAAAAUAAAAAUAACUGCAAUCAAAUGAAACACAAAUAUGUUAAAACGUGUAAGUUCAUAAUAUACUAAAAAAGAAAAAACACACACACAAAGUUCAUUGGUCAAUUUUGGAAGAUGCUAGGGAACUAAUUCAUUAUUUUGAAAACUAGGAAAGAAUCAAACAUACAUCCUGCCUUUCCUGUAUGAACUAUACCUUGUGUAACUAACUGUUCAAAGAGUUUCUCUUUAUGAAAGAAUUCCAGCUAACAAAGAAAGAAGAAAUAACAGAAUAAAACCAUUUCACAAACACCUGAUGAAAUUAUAAAAGUAGGCCAGAGUUUCUCAACCUCAGGGCUACUGACAUUUUAGGCCUAUUAAUACUUUGCUGUAGGGGGCUGUGCUGUGCUGACUCUUACCCCUGAAGGUACCUAUAGCAUUCCCUCCCCCAAGUUGUGACAAUCAGUGUGUCUCCAGACAUUGCCAAAUUACCCUGGUAGUGAAAUGCUGACACAGGCAAUGAUCAGUGACCACUAACAUCACUAAACACACACACACACACAACUACACAUUAUGCCUCCUGAUCAAAGCAUAUGCAAUACCGAGAGUUUAAUCUGAAUCAAAUCAACCACCUAAAUUUAACUACCAGUUUUUGGAAAUUCAGGGAACAGAUGAACAUGGGCAAUGACACCUAUGGGGAUAAUAUCAGCAAAAUCAAAAUUUGAGAAUUCUACAGGACAAAUGACCCAGUUUCUUCAAUAAAUCAUUAGGGGAAUCUAUAAAUGAAAAGAGACUUAAGAGACAUAGUAAUCAAACUAUAUACAGACCUUGAUUAGAUCCUUACAAACAGGAGAAAAAAAAAAAGAAUGGAACAACAACAACAAAAAAACUAGGGGGGGCAACACAGGGAGACCUCAUCUCUAGAAAAAUUCAAAAAAUUAGCUGGGUGUGGUGAUGCACCCCUGUGGUCCCAGCUAUAUGGGAGGAUCCCUUGAGCCUGGGAGGUUGAGGCUGCCAUGAGCCACUAUCAUGCCACUGCACUCCAGCCUGGGCAACACAGAAAGACCCUAUCUCAAAAAAAAAAAACUGGGGAAACUCAACUUCUUAGGUGUGAUGGUGGGAUGGCAGUUAUGUUUAAACAAGAUGACCUAAUCAUUUUUAAGCUGUGCAGUAGGUGUAUGACAGUCAUCCUCCUUACAAUUGUUUGUUGUUUUUUAAAGUGGGUCACAUUAUGCUCCAUGACCAAAAAAUAAUCACUAUCAUCCUCCUCCUCCUCCUCCACCUACAUCCCAAGGAAUGGAAAAAGAAACUGUUUUCUCAGAUUCUGAAGUGGGAGAAAGACAAUAACUAACACACUAACUCAUUUACUUAUAAACAUAUUGUUAUGGAUUGAAUCGUGUGCCUUACCCACCCCCCAAAAAAUUUCAUAUGUUGAAACUCUAACCUCUAGU